UAGAUUUAAAACCCCCAUUCUCUUAAACAUAUGAGACUUUUCUAUGUUUUGGCAUGAAAUUUCUUGUUACUUGGAAAGAUAAUUGCUUUUUUUUUUUUCAAUAUAAAUGCCCAUUAUGCUAUGUAAAAACUAAGGGGUUAACAUAGGAUCUAGAAUAUUUUUUAAUCGAAACUCAUUGCUUAGCUUCGUCUUGGCACCUUGACAACUAUGCCUUGAGCCUUUCCUAGAGGGCCUCAAGUUGUAAGCCUCAUAAGCUUUAUGAAACACUGAUACAACAUAUACAGCCAUUCACAUGACAGAGAUGAAAAGAAAUAAUGAUGUUCCAGUUAGUACAGAAAAUGGUUGAAAGUCAAACCUGGAAAAUCAUUGAAAAAGAGAGGCUUAAAAGUAGAUGAUCAGUUCUACUUUCCCCAUAUUACCAGAAACCAACCACUUUUUCUUCUUUAUUUCAAAUACUUUGUCAGACUCAGACAGGACCUGAUGGUUGAACCUGUCACCUGGUGACCCAGUUGUGGUCCUGGUUAAUUGAUAGUUUUCACAAUCAGAAUGAACUAACCGCCCAGUUAACCGGUAAAAUUGUGAUAAGCAUUCCAGUUUUAUAUGUAUUCUGAGUCUGACAACAUUGCUUCAUAGCUUUGUAUAUGACAAAUGAUGCUUUCCGUCAUCAUGGUAUUUACCCAUGUUUGUGAGACAUUUCUAAAAUCCUAUAAUUCCUUUGCAAGAUAUUUUUGUUGUUUCCUCAUUUACUAUUACCAAAAAAACAUAUUCUUUUUUAUCAUGAUCUUUUAACCAGAAAUCUAGACAAUUGAACUCAUGUCUCAGCUCUCAAGAUCAGCCAACUAAUAUUGGAAAUCCAAUUGAGGUGCAAUUUUCUUCAUGUAACCUGGGUCAUGAUUAUAUAAAAUUACUUCCUAUUAUUGUUGUUGUUGUUGUUGUAUACUUCUGCUUUAGCUUUUCAUUAAAAAUACUAAAUAACUGUCAAAUAUUUUAUUCCCAUAUAAAAGAGAUUUUAUAAGUGUAGCCUAACACAAAACUGUUUCCAAUAAUAAACCAACUUGAACAAAUAGGAGUUUUGUGUUCCAUCCAUGGCCUAGAUUACUUGAAAACAUUGCACAUCAAUUGGGUUUUCAAUAUUAGUUGACUGAUCUUGUGACAUGAGUUCAAUUGUUUAGAUCUUUGGUUGAAAGAUCAUGAUAAAAAAAUAUCUUUUGUGGUGAUAUUAAAUGGGAAAAUAACAAAAUUAUCUUUUAAAGCAAGAGAAAGGCAUUGUAGGAUUUUAGAAAUGUCUCACAAACAUGGGUAAAUACCAUGGUGAUGGAAAGGGUAAUUUGUUGUAUAAGAAACUAUAAAGCAUUGCUGUUAUACUUGGACUGGAUAGAACACUGGAAGCUCAUCACGAUUUUACCAGUUAACAGGGUGGUUAGUUCCUUCUGACUGGGACAACUGUAGGUUAACCGGGAUACAGAUAAGGAAUUGGGUCACUGAGCCACCGGUUCAACCAUUGUAUCCGGUCUGAGUCUGACAAUGUACAGGGGGCUAAAUGCCACACCCACCAAAGUACAGGGCCUUGGUAAUUAAAAUUCAAAACCAUAUCCAGAGAUAGCUGAUGGAUACGAAGGGGAGAAGAGGGAACGGCUUAGGAGAAAAUCCUGAAACCACUGCACAAUCAAAAAAGAAAAAAGGCAUCAUGAUAGAAGGGUACCCUGUAGAGGGUCUGUCUAUCGGAGGACAAGAGACAUGCGUAAUAUUCCCCACAUUGAAGAUUGCCUUUGACAUUGGGAGAUGCCCUCAACGAGCCAUUUCUCAGGAAUUCCUUUUCAUCUCCCAUGGUCACAUGGAUCACAUUGGAGGCUUGCCCAUGUAUGUUGCCACACGAGGCUUGUACAAGAUGAGGCCCCCAACAAUUAUUGUGCCUACAGCAAUAAAAGAAAAUGUAGAAAGGCUAUUCGAGGUGCACAGGGCAAUGGACCAAUCAGAACUAAAGCACAAUCUAAUUAGCUUGAAUGUUGGGGAAGAGUUUCAAUUAAGAAAGGACCUUAAAGUAAAGGCAUUCAAGACAUAUCAUGCCAUCCCAAGUCAGGGUUAUAUAAUUUACUCUGUAAAACAGAAACUUAAGGAGGAGUAUAUUGGCCUUUCUGGAAAUGAGAUAAAAAAUUUGAAGUUAUCAGGUGUGGAGAUCACAUACACGGUGACUUCACCUGAAAUUGCCUUUACAGGGGACACUAUGUCAGACUUCAUAAUCGACCCAAGCAACAUUGAUGUUUUGAGAUCAAAGAUUCUUGUAAUGGAGAGUACCUUUGUAGACAAUUCAAUGACAGUAGAUAAUGCAAGAGAUUAUGGUCACACUCAUUUGUCCGAGAUAGUUAGUUAUGCAGAUAAGUUUGAGAACCAAGCUAUUCUUCUAAUCCACUUCUCAGCUCGUUACCAAGCAGAUAUAUUCAAACUACAAAUUUUAUCUGUAAAAUGGAAGGAUAAAAUCCUCAAGUUGGCCUUGGGCUUGUGCCACAUCCAAGAGGUGUUUUCCUGAUAAAACAUUCCAGAUCAAUUAGACAGUGGGACUGUCUAGUUUUUGGUCUAAAGGUGGUAUUAGUCUCAUGUCCCUGUAAAUGGCCCUUAUAAUCUAUACUCUUAUCAUAAUUGCGGUCUUUCAUGGUUACAAUC